AUGGCCUCAUCGAUUCUCAGAAGGCCUGCAUGCCGCGCAUUGUUCUCUACUUCAGCUACUAUCAACGCCGAGAAGCCGAUUGUUCCUAAAUUGAUCAACUCCUUCCUUCACGGCUCAGAACAAGCGAGACAAGAGAAUGAAGCACUACAAAGCCACAGCACCACAGUUGGCUCAAAGAGUAUCAGCGAGAUUCAAAAGCAUCAUAUACAUCCCCAGAACGUGGAUCAAUACAAACAGGUUAUAGGAUCUUACUUCGACAAGUUGAACACCCAAAAAGACUUGAAAAUGAAUCUCAAGGGUUCUUUUGAGGUGGUAGUUGGAGAGCUCGAUAGUUUUGUUCACAUUUGGGAAUUCGAAGGGUACGAAGGCUAUGACUAUGCGACUAGUAAAAUACGAGAAUCACCAGAGCACGCCCAAUUUCUAAAGGAUCUUCGACCUCUCAUUCAAUCCCGCACAUCUCAACUCUGUCGUGAAUUUGCAUUCUGGCCUUGCUCAGGGCCAAAGGUGAACGGUGGUAUCUACGAAAUGCGUAGUUAUCAACUCAAACCAGGUACCCUACUCGAAUGGGAAACUGAAUGGCGUAGAGGCUUAGAAGCCCGUAGGAAAUUCGUUGAACCUAUCGGAGCUUGGUUUGCACAAGUUGGACGACUUCAUCAAGUUCAUCAUAUGUGGCAAUACCCAUCCUUACAAGCUCGACUCAAAAAACGAGAACAGGCUUGGCAAGUUGACACUUGGAGUAAGACUGUAUCUAACACCGUCAAGUUGUGUGACUCGAUGGAUGCCAAUGUCUUGCUACCCAACAGCUUCAGUCCACUAAGAUAGUGUGGCAAAGGGUCAUGCCGCCCUCUAUGAGUAGGUUAUCGCUCAAGCUUUUCCUUCAAAUUCCGUUCUCGUUUCUUCAUGAACUUUCAAAUACUGUACAAAUCGACUUGAAACGCAUCAACUUGUAAUGCUAGGUAACUACACUCUCGGGAUCUUGAGUAACGCAUACAUUUCUUCCUCGAAUUGAGAUGUUGUUUUCCAUCUUAUUCUCACUUUCCAUGCUAUGUUCUCUCCUUU